UGAAUAGAUUAUGGAGUCGUUUAGCAAUGUCAUAUUUAUGUACGAAUAAAGCAAUCUUGGAAGGUAUAAGAGUCUUGAGAUUUUCGAUUAAGGAGAAGACACCAUUAUUUAGUUAUCCAAAAUUUAUCAAUUGUUUCAAUUCAGAAUAUCUGAUUAAAUCCGUUAAGCAAUCAUUUAAAUUUUUUGAUUAUAGAUUGAUUGAUGACAUACACUCUUCCAUCAUAUUUCAAAAAUCUUUAGGGCCAUUUCAUCCUCGGUCAAAUCUAAAAAGUUUGGCGAUGAACGAAUAUUGUUUGGGUUAUAAGAACUCGUCGAUACACAACGCCAUAUUAUCAACUCAUUCAAAUUCUUUGAAACAUUUGGGAUAUUGCGUGAUAAAUGAUUAUUCUUCGUUGAUGGGAUUAAUAUCAAAAUGUAAAAAUUUGGAAAUGUUGGAAGUUACUCAACAGGAGAAUCACGAGAAAACCAUUCGACGGGGAUUACACGCAUCAAGAAAAUCGCAUCAGGCACUUUUACCAUCAUACAUAACCAAAGAUAUAAUGGAUACGAUGGAACGUCAUAAUUCGGGUUUAACUCGUCUAAAUAUUUCAAUGAGAUCAAAUCAUAUACUCGAUUUGAUACAUUUAAUCGGUGGUUGGAGUCCCUUGAACAUUUUUACUUUAGAAUUGGAAGAUGAAUGGCCGAUACUGGAUCAUGAAUUGAUAAAGGAUUCCUUUCUUCGAGAAUGUGCUAAAGUUGGAUUUGAUGCAUAUUCAUCGAGACGAUUUGGAUUACUUAAAGGUCUCGUUGGACAUUUUAAUCAUUUGAGAAAAGUUAAAUCAAAGAAAGGAAUUCCCGGUUUAAAUGGAUUGGUUGAAUAG